CUCUUCACUCAUGUUCAACUGAUGGUGCUUUUUUACCUCUUCGUCUCGCUUAUUCUUAUGUUUCUUAUUCAUAAUCCUUGUCUAUCCCCUGUAGUUUCUGCCUUCUUUUUUAUCUUUCCGCCUUCUUUUUUAUAUUUUUACUGCAAUUUUAAGCAUUUUAUAGAGUCCUUUUUCCCAUCUGAUAAAUGAAUUGCCACCAUUUCUCCCUUUAAUUUGAUGAAAAGUUAGGACUUUUCUUAUUUUUUUCUUUGAUAAAUUUGAAAUUUGUUCACAUUACAAGGAACCAGCUGAAUACGGUGCAUCAUAUUGCUUUUAACAUGGCAAGAGGAUAUUACUCCCGAAAAUUUGGGUACAUGGGGCAUGUAAGACUUGAGAGAAAGGAGUAAGAAAUCUUUGAUCAUCAACUUAACCUGAAAUACAUCAACGAUGAGAGGCAUAGGGAGAAUUACACACCAUACAAGCAAAGCCUCAUCUCUUCUGCCCCAAUCGUCUCUGUUUUCGACAUUUGCAGGUGGUCGAGGAAGGGGAAGGGGUGGAAGUGGCUAUGAAACCCCACCUUCCCAACUAUCUGAAGCAAUAGGACACACUGGAGAGGAAGAAGAGGAAGAAAGAGGAAAAGUAAGCAAAUUCCCUUCUCCUGGUAUUGGCCAUGGUAGAGGCCAGCCCAUUCAAACAACCCCCAUCCUCCCUUCCUUUGCACCAUGGAUGUCAGGUCCGGUUCCUGGUACUGGUAGAGGGCGCCCUUCUUCUCCACUACCCCCUCAAUUGGACCAUAGCCCAAACCAACAAGAACCCCCAUCUCGAAAACCGAUAUUUUUUAAGCGAGAUGAGAUUGAAGGCACUGAUGAAGGGAGGGUCCAAGCUCAAAAUUUACCUCCAACUGAGUCUCCUCUCCCUAGAAGCAUUUCCCCUGCUCCUAUUGAGGGUUUUGGUCGUGGAAAACCUACUAGUCCUCUACUCUCUCAUGGUAUCGAAGAGGAGGAGAAUCGACAUAUUCGUCGAAGAUCGCCGCCACCCGAAAGAGCAGGGCAAGCUUCAAGGGGGAGAGCAAGCAAUGAGCGAAAGCUCAGCUCUGAGGAGGCUGUAAGGAAUGCUAAGGAUAUAUUGUCAAGAGGAGAAGGAAGAGGGGGUCGAGGACUAAGGGGUGGUCGCGGACUAAGGGGUGGUCGCGGUCGAGGCGGGGUUUGGGCAGGUAGAGGUAGACAAGGUAGGGGGGCAAGGUAUCAAGAUAGACGUGAAGAUGACAGUGUUGGGCUUUACCUUGGGGAUGAUGCAGAUGGAGAGAAGCUGGUUAAGAGGCUUGGCGAAGAGAAUGUGAACCAGAUUUUUGAGGCGUUUGAUGAGAUGAGUGGCAGGGUACUCCCUUCACCAAUGGAAGAGGCAUAUUUGGAUGCUCUUCAUACCAAUUGCCUGAUAGAGUUUGAACCAGAGUAUCAUAUGGAGGAGUUCGGUACAAACCCUGACAUUGAUGAGAAGCCUCCAAUUCCUCUUUGUGAUGCACUUGAGAAAAUAAAGCCUUUCAUCAUGACAUAUGAGGGGAUACAAAAUCAAGAGGAAUGGGAGGAAGUUGUAAAAGAAACCAUGGACAAAGUCCCAUAUCUCAAGGAGCUUGUUGAUAUUUAUAGUGGUCCUGAUAGAGUGACUGCUCGACAGCAACAGCAGGAACUGGAAAGAGUUGCAAGCACUCUUCCUGAGAACGUCCCUUCUUCUGUUAAAAACUUUACCAAUCGUGCUGUUCUCUCUCUUCAGAGCAAUCCUGGUUGGGGGUGGGACAAGAAAUGCCAGUUCAUGGAUAAGCUUGUAUGGCAGGUCUCUCAAGAUUACAAAUCGGCACCUAGGUGAAAGGGGCCUCUUAUUUUAUUCGAUUCUGAGAUAAGUCCUCUCUAUAUAUGUUGAGCAAUUUUUGCCCCUUGUUUCCAGUUAAUAUUUGACUGCACGAUGCAUUUCAUGGGAAUAGAAAUUGUGGAAAUGGAAAAAAGAAGCAGCCAUACGGGAGAUGUUUGAUGGAUUGUAGCCAUGAGAGAGAGAGAGAGAGAGAGAGCAUACACUUAUGAUCAUGUUUACUUAUUUCUUUUUGUUUUGUAGAAGAAGCUUAGUCAUCCUUGUAGUCAUGUACUUGAUCUUCAUUUCAAGAAUUGCGGUCGUCAUUACUUUAGUAAUAAAGGGGCAGUUGAUUUUGCAGUC